UUACUAUGGCAUCAGUGAUCCCAUCAUUUAUCUUCAAGGAGUUUUGCCCCUUGUACUACCUUCUCAAUGCCAUUCCUACAAAAAUCCAAAAAGGAUUUCGUUCCAUUGUGGUUUACUUGACUGCACUUGACACUAAUGAGGACUACAUAGCUGUUGGCAGCAGUAUUGGCAUGCUGUAUUUGUACUGCAGGCAUUUGAAUCAGAUGAAAAAAUACAAUUUUGAGGGGAAGAAUGAAUCCAUUACCAUCGUGAAACUCUUAAACUGCUUUGAUGAUCUUGUUGCAGUGGGAACAGUUUCAGGCAAGAUUGCUAUUUUUCAGCUUGUUUCUUCAUUACCUGGGAGAAACAAACAACUUCGGAGAUUUAAUGUGUCUGGUUUUCACAAAAGUAGCAUUACAGCCUUGGCAUGGAGUGCUAAUGGAAUGAAGUUAUUUUCUGGGGAUGACCGAGGGAAAAUAGUUUAUUCUGCUUUGGAUUUAGAUCAGGGUCUUUGCAAUUCCAGUUUGAUAUUGGAAGAACCAUCUUCAAUUGUACAGUUAGACUAUAGCCAGAAAGUGUUGUUGAUCUCCACUUUACAACGAACUGCACUUUUUUAUACUGAAGAAAAAUCUGUCAAACAAGUGGGAACUCAACCCAGAAAAACUACAGGCAGAUUUGGUGCCUGUUUUAUUCCUGGGCUGUGCAAGCAAAGUGACCUAAUGCUCUUUGCUGCGAGGCCUGGGAUUCGCCUUUGGAAAUCAGAUGUUCAUGGGACGGUUCAAGCCACAUAUCUUUUGAAAGAUGUAUUUGCUGCUGGAAUGAAGCCUUUUGAAUUAUAUCCCCGAGCGGAUUCCUUUAACAAGAGCAGCUGUAAUUUUCCAGAAAGACAGUUUGGACUCAUUUCCUGCUUUUCCCAAGAAGGAUGGGUAUUGAGCUGGAAUGAAUAUAGCAUUUAUGUGUUAGAUACAGUAAACCAGACCAUGAUUGGCAGUUUGGAAGGAUGUGGUGAUAUAGUAUCUGUGUCCUGUACUGAAAAUGAGAUAUUCCUUUUAAAGGGAGACAGAGAUAUCAUUAGAAUCUCAAACAGGCCUGAAGGACUGGUGUCAAUAGAUAUAAAUUCACAAGCUUGGACCAGCUUGGAGUCCAAUGUGAGCCCAAAAUUAGAGAGGCCGCAUUCAGUAAUUGCUUCAGUCUCAUGUGAUCCCUCUCCAGAAGCAAACCCCAAAUCAAGUAACUUCUCUUCACCCCAAACACCUAGUGACAAAAAUGGCUUUGUAGGAAGAGCUGACCAGGAAGUAGCAUUGAUAGCCCAGAAAAUUCGCUCACAGAGCUUUGAUGGAUUAGGAGACUUGAACACUGACCCAAGAAGAAGAGGCUACUCUGUAGUCAGUGAGUCAAGAAGCAGGAGCAGCUCUAUGAAUUCUGUGGACAGUGGCUCCAGUUCCUUGACCAAUGGGGAUCAAACAUCAUCAGAAACACAGAGAGUGGAUCCACAAAUUUCACAAAGGUUGAGCCUGAUCAGCUCAGAAGAUUUCAACCAGGAACUGAUUAUAAAACCAAUCAAAGUGAAAAAGAAGAAAAAGAAAAAGCCAGAAAAUGGCACCAGGAGAAAUCCUACCUCUCUAGGAAGCACACCAUCUUAUGAACAGCAAGCCUUCGCUGAUAGUCUUCAGAUUCUAAAUGUGAAAUCAUGCUCCAUUAGUUCUAGCCUCCAAGGCAGCACCACAGACUGUUUAAGCAUCUGUUCUGUGUUCAGUAUGGAUACACAAAAUGAUACUGAAGCAUUCAGUGUCCUUCAGUCUCUGGAGUCGAUAGUUGCUCUAACACCUGAUGGCAGCCAGGAGGCACUAGAACUGCUAAAACUUUCUAAUUGUAAGAAUGAAGAAGAUUCGUCACCUGUUACGAAUUCCUGCUUGCUUCUUGUGGAAAACAAAAUGGGUAGUGAUGAUAGUGAACACAACCGGAACCUCCUGUCUGAAAAAAUAGAAACCGGCCCAAAACGGAUAUCGCCAGAUGAAGAGCAUUUUCCUCUUCUAUGUAAAACAAAGUGCACUUUAAAUGAAUUACAUCUGCUGGAUACUUCGGCUUCCCUAGAAGAGACCAACUCUGCAAAAGGGAUAUCUGUAAAUAGGAACACUACUUUUUACACUGAUGAAUUGUUUGUUCGGAGUGAAGUUGCUCAGGUAAUGGAGCAGCAACCAUCUUUACGAUCCAGAGUCCCUGGAAAUCCUCCUGAGCAUUAUCCUGCUGUUUCUGAAAAAGAAAUAAAUCCUCAAGAGAGGAUGCUACCUGGACAGGAUUUCAAAGGCAUCAUCACUGAACAUGGCAGUGGAUGGAUGAGUAACUCUCACAGUGCUAGAGCUGAGAGAGAUGCAUCAAGUGAUGAAGAGGACAUCUAUGGGCAUGGCUUGAUUUGUUCAUCUUCUGAGACAAAUGUGACAGAAAUGGGAGCUUGCCAUCUUCCGCGGGAUAAAGUCAGGUCAAAUGUUGAGAAAGAGAUGCUUUCAAAAUCUGAUCAGUUUGCAGAAAGCUGGAUGGGAUAUGCAGGUCCUGGCUAUGGAAUACUGAGCCUAGUUGUCUCUGAUAAAUACAUUUGGUGCUUGGAUUACAAAGGUGGCCUGUAUUGUAGCGCAUUACCUAGUGCUGGGCUGCGUUGGCAGAAGUUUGAAGAUAAUGUCCAGCAGAUGGCAGUCUCUCCUUCAGGGACUCUUUUAUGGAAGAUUGAGCAAAAAACCAAUAAAGCUUUUGCCUGUGGCAAAGUAACUAUCAGAGGAAAACGUCACUGGUAUGAAGCUUUACCUCAAGCAGCAUUUGUAUCCUUGAGUGAUGACACAGCCUGGAUAAUCCGAACAAAUGGUGAUCUGUAUUUACAGACAGGCCUCAGCGUGGAUCGUCCCUGUGCCAGGGCAAUAAAAGUAGACUGUCCAUAUCAACUAUCACAGAUUACAGCCAGAAAUAAUAUAAUUUGGGCAUUAACGGAGCAACGUGUACUUCUCUUUCGUGAAGGUGUCAGCAGUUUCUGUCCUGAAGGAGAGCACUGGAAAUGUGAUAUCAUAAGUGAAAUGCAAGGUCUAGAGCCAGUGUGUAUUACUCUUGGAGACCAGCAGACCAUCUGGAUUUUAGACAUCCAUGGGAACCUGUGGUUUAGAACUGGUGUUGUUUCAAAGAAACCACAAGGGGAUGACAACCACUGGUGGCAAGUAAGCAUUACCGAUUAUGUUGUGUUUGACCAGAGCAGCCUUUUCCAGACAAUAAUCCAUGCAACACAAACAGUAGCGACAGCAGCCCAGGCUCCUGUUGAGAAAGUGGCAGACAAACUGCGCACGACUUUCUGGUCACAACAGCUUCAGUGUCAACCAAGCCUACUUGCGGUCAAUAGCAGCGGUGUCUGGAUUUCCUCUGGGAAGAAUGAAUUUCAUGUAGCAAAGGGGAGCCUCAUAGGUACAUAUUGGAAUAAUGUUGUGCCUCGGGGCACUGCUUCAGCUACAAAAUGGGCUUUUGUGUUAGCUUCUGCAGCUCCAACAAAAGAAGGAAGUUUCUUGUGGUUGUCCCAAAGUAGCAAGGACCUGUUUUGUGUUAGUGAUCAGAAUCCUCAGUUCCAUCCUUCAACUGUUCAGCUCCCAUCUGAUAGUGAAAUGGUCUACUAUUCAGCUUGCCGGGAUGCGAUAUGGAGCUUGAAUAAUCUGGGACAGGUCUUCAUAAGGACACUUUCACCAAAUUGCCCAACAGGAAUGCAUUGGACCAAACUGGACCUUACUCAGUUAGGUGCUGUGACACUUACAAGCUUAGCAUGUGGAAAUCAGCACAUCUGGGCCUGUGACAGCUAUGGUGGGAUUUAUUUCCGAGUUGGAACUCAGCCUCUGAAUCCAAAUUUGAUGCUGCCUGCGUGGAUAAUGAUUGAGCCACCCAUCCAGGUAAAAUAA